UUCAUCACACACAAGUUCCUCCUCUUAUAAUAUCCAGCACUCAUAGACAAACCUUGAACCCUUAGAUCCACACCUAAAAAAAUGGCUCCAAGCUUCGACGACGGAAACUCACUAUUUGACUUUGUUGUUCGAGAUGGCAAUGGUGUUAAAGGCUUAGUGGACUCAGGCAUAUCUAAGGUUCCUGACCAAUACAUCCAACCACAACAGGAGAGAAUAGACAAUCAAAAUGGCAUCUCACAUAAACUUCCACCAAUUGAUUUAUCAAAGCUUGAUGGUCCUAACCAUGACCAGGUGGUGGAAGAGAUUGCUAGUGCUGCUGAGAAACUUGGGUUCUUCCAAGUUGUGAACCAUGGCGUUCCUGUGGAAUUGCUUGAGUCUCUUAAAGAUGUGGCACACAAGUUCUUUGCCCAACCACCUGAGAAGAAAGCUGUUUACUGCCAAGGUGUGAGCCCCAGCCCAUACGUGAAGUAUGGAACAAGCUUUGUGCCAGAGAAAGAGAGAGCACUGGAGUGGAAAGACUAUAUUAACAUGGUGUAUACCAAUGAUGCUGAUGCUCUUAAUCAUUGGCCAAACGAGUGCAAGGAAGUGGCACUUGAGUUCCUGAACACAUCAAUCAAGAUGGUGAGAAAAUUAGUGGAGAUAUUGAUUGGGAAGCUUGAAGUGACAGUAGAAGAUUCAAGAAUUGAUGCCUUAACUGGUUUAAAAAUGGUUAACAUGAACUUCUAUCCAGCAUGCCCCAACCCAGAUCUUACAGUUGGUGUUGGAAGACACUCAGAUAUGGGCACACUUACUGUGUUACUACAAGAUGGGAUUGGUGGUUUAUAUGUGAAAGUUGAAGAAGACAUAGAUGCAGGAAAAAAGGGAGACUGGAUAGAGAUCCCACCUAUCCCCGGUGCACUGGUCAUCAACGUUGGAGAUACGUUACAGGUAGUAAGCAAUGGACGGUAUAAAAGUGCUGAACAUAGAGUUCGUACCACAAGCACUCAAUCAAGAGUUUCAAUUCCAAUAUUUACCACCCCUAAACCGACUGAGAAGAUAGGGCCUCUGCCUCAAGUUGUGGAAACAGAUGGGGUGGCUCGCUAUCGGGAGUUUGCGUUUCAGGAGUACAUGAACAACUUUUUUGGGAAUGCUCAUGAUGGAAAGAAGUCUCUUGAUUUCGCUAAGCUUGAUUCUGCUUGAUUAAUGCUUGAUGCACAAACUCUCAUUUACUUCCAUGUUACUUCACUAAUCCACAUUGUGGUUCACAUAUACUCUUCUUCUUCUUCUUCUUUUUUUUCUUUUUUUUUAGUCCUUUGUUGCAAUAAGUGGGAGGAUGAUUUAAAUCUUGAUUCUAGUUGUAAAAGAAUCAAGUAAUAACAUUAAAAGUGUAAGGAUCUUGGGGGUGGUUCACUACUCUUUUUAUUAUGUCAUGCUCCAAAAAAAAAAAAAAAAAA